AUGUGGCUGUACCUGGCGGUCCUCGUGGGCCUGUACUACCUCCUGCGCUGGUACCGGGAGAGGCAGGUGGUGAGCCUCCUCCAGGACAAGUUCGUCUUCAUCACGGGCUGUGACUCGGGCUUCGGGAACCUGCUGGCCAGGCAGCUGGACCUGCGAGGCUUGAGGGUGCUGGCUGCGUGUCUGACGGAGCAGGGGGCCGAGCAGCUGAGGAACCAGACAUCAGACAGGUUGGAGACGGUGAUCCUGGAUGUCACCAAGACUGAGAGCAUCGCUGCGGCCGCCGAGUGGGUGAAGGAGCGUGUCGGGGACAGAGGACUCUGGGGCCUGGUGAAUAAUGCCGGCAUUUGCACUCCCAUGGCACCCAAUGAGUGGCUGACCAAACAGGACUUCGUAAAGAUGCUCGACGUGAACCUGUUGGGGAUGAUCGAGGUGACCCUGAGUCUGCUGCCCCUAGUGCGGAAGGCGAGGGGCCGUGUGGUCAACGUCUCCAGCGUCAUGGGCCGCGUGUCCCUCUUUGGUGGGGGCUACUGCAUGUCCAAGUACGGCGUGGAGGCCUUCUCAGACUCCCUCAGGAGGGAGCUCUCCUACUUCGGAGUGAAGGUGGCGAUGAUUGAGCCUGGUUACUUCAUGACCAAUAUGACCAGCCCUGAGGUGUUUAAUGGAAGCCUCCAGGCAUCAUGGGAUCAGGCCAGCCCAGAGAUCAAGGAACUCUAUGGAGAGAAGUUCGUGAAUAUUUUGGAUGGUGUCUCCUUCUGGACAGUCAUGAAGACAUCUAAUUUAUUGACGCCAUCAUGGUCCGGGAAUCUGUCCUUGAUGACCAACUGCAUGGAGCAUGCCCUGACCUCCUGCCACCCCCGCACCCGGUACUCCGCUGGCUGGGACGCCAAGUUCUUCUACCUCCCCGUGAGCUACAUGCCCACCUUCCUGGUGGAUCUCAUGAUGUACUGGGGUGCCCCACGGCCUGCUAAGGCCCUGUAA